UGCGCGCCGGGGGUGUGGUGUGGGGCCCAGCCCGCGGCGGCCUCGGGAACGAGCGCCCCGCGGAGCUACUGCUGCCAGACCAGCGCUGGGCCCCCAUCUCCGCCCCGCCGCGCUCCCGGGCGCCGAGAACUACGGCUCCCGGCACGCCGUGAACUUGACGGCCGAGGCGCUGAGGCGGGGUCGGACCCUCCUCCGGCCCGCCCCGCCCUCCACACGGGCCACGGCCGCUUUCCCGGGCGCGCGCGGAGCGGGGACGCGAGCCAUGGAGAAGUCGUCGGUCCCGUUGCUGGGCUGCAACAAGCCGCACCUGGAGAAGCUGACCCUGGGCGUCACCCGCAUCCUAGAAUCUUCCCCAGGUGUGACAGAGGUGACCAUCUUAGAAAAGGUGCCUGCUGAACGUCAUAUGAUUUCUUCAUGGGAACAAAAGAAUAACUGUAUGAUGCCUGAGGAUUUGAAGAACUUUUACCUGAUGACCAAUGGCUUCCACAUGACAUGGAGUGUGAAGCUGGAUGAGCAUACCAUUCCACUGGGCAACAUGACAAUUAACAGCAUCUCCAAACUGACUCAACUCAACCAGUCUUCCAUGUAUUCACUUCCUAAUGCACCAACUCUGGCAGACCUGGAGGAUGAUACACAUGAAGCCAGUGAGGACCAGCCCGAGAAGCCUCACUUCGACUCUCGCAGUGUGAUAUUUGAGCUGGAUUCGUGCAACGGGAAUGGGAAGGUUUGUCUUGUCUACAAAACUGGAAAACCAGCAUUAGCACAAGACACUGAGAUCUGGUUCCUGGACAGAGCAUUAUACUGGCAUUUUCUCACAGACACCUUUACUGCCUAUUACCGCCUGCUCAUCACCCACCUGGGCCUGCCCCAGUGGCAGUAUGCCUUCACCAGCUAUGGCAUUAGCCCACAGGCCAAGCAAUGGUUCAGCAUGUAUAAACCCAUCACCUACAACACAAACCUGCUCACAGAAGAGACUGACUCCUUUGUGAACAAGCUGGAUCCCAGCAAAGUGUUUAAGAGCAAGAACAAGACCUUAAUCCCAAAGAAGAAAGGGCCUGUACAGCCUGCAGGUGGCCAGAAAGGGCCCUCAGGUCCCCCCACUCCCUCCACUUCUAAAUCAUCUUCUGGCUCUGGAAACCCUGUCCGGAAAUGAAUACCUCCAGCUUUUCACCAGCUCCAUAGCGGCAGUUCCCAUGCACAGAUGGCCCCACCCUCAGAUUCUGUGAAUGGAACCAUAGGCUUCUUCCCCUCUCAGUGGCCAAAUCCUAGGCCUUCCCCCCCACCCCCCGCCCCGACAUUAUCCAGGAGUUGGAAGGGCAUACUGAGGUCUCCCCAAGAGUUCCUCCCACAGCUACAUGGUACUGUCCUGUCUCCAGAAGCAAUAGAAAGUUUUGGAUCUAUCUUGGCCAGAUAGAUCUGAGAAUUAGCUGAGACCUUUGUUCUGUUUCUGUACCCAACCCUCAAUCCUUUAAUGUGAUUAGGUAAGCCCCACCCCCGGCAAAGAAACCACUGGUUUUGACCCAUGAGGCAUUAGAACUUUGCUGUUCAACCAGAAGCCACCAGUUGCAUGGGGCUAUUUAAAUUAUAUGCAAAUUCAUUUCCUCGAUUGCAUUAGCUACAUUUCGUGUUAGUAGAUUCUGUAUUAGCACAAAGAUAUGCAACAUUUCCAUCAUGACAAAGUUCUGUUGGAGAGCACUGGAUUAGAAUAUGUUCAUACUGUUCUUCCUCAGAUCAAUUGUUGUUGUUAGAUAGAUGUUGGUGUCUUAAUUUGAUGGGUCAUAACGUUCCAUGAAAAUUCUUUAAGAUAACAAGUAUACAUUCUUUAUAUCCUUUACUGCAAACAUAUUUCGCUCUGCUCAUUUCUUUUUCAGUAUCCUAUAAAGUUUGUCUUGCCAGUUUCCUCUUAAGUUUCUUGCUUCCAGUUUUGUGUUGGGAUGUUUGUACAUUUACCAAAGUUAAUUUUUAAAAGAGAGGUACUUCCGUUGCACUUUAUUCUAACCAUUUAAAAACAAAACUCCCAAACAUUGGUUUGCAGGCCUCUUCAGUAAGGAGUUUUGAUGAAGCCAGUCACUGUUAACAAAAGCUUUCCACUUGCUCUGCCUGCCUAUUCUCAGCUCUGAGUUGUCCAGCCCUGGCCUUCCUUAGGACAAGCCGUCUCCUGCCUAGAACAGCGUAGGGUUCCAAAAGUUCCUUUGGAAAUAAGUUGCCUGUAAUCCAGAGAUCAUUUUCCCAUAGACACAUAGGGGUAUUAGGCCUCCAGCUAGCCCACAUAUGCUUAAUAUUUGACACAAGCUAAAUCUGAAUUUACCUAGUACACCUAAUAAAAUUUCUGUAGAGAAGAGCACUCAAAUUUUCACUUAGGAAUGUCUGUUUCCUUCCUCUACAGCGCCAGCAGUGGGCAGAAGCAAGGCUUUCACUCUACUCUCCAGGAGGGAAAGUAGGAAAUCACCCACCCAGCCCUAAGGUCCUUGGGUAGCUACAGUUUUUGUGCUCAAGUCCCAGAGGUUGGAGAAUGAAAAGUUCGGAGGGAUGAGGUGCAGGAGUCUGUACUAUCUGCACACUUCAAUCCCAACUGGCUCUCUCUUUCCUGACUUCUCUCUACCACAGUGAUUGGCAGGCUUCUUUCCUUUGCACUACCUCUAGGGUUCCCCUCUUCCGUGACGCCCUGGGGGACUAAAAGUAGGCCCCAGGAUUUUCCACCUGCACUUUUGUUCUGAAACAUUGAGUAUCUAUGAAGUUUUAAAAUUUUUGUUUUGAUUGUUGACAAUAGUGAUAAAUAUUCAUGAAAAUGAGGCUUCAAUCCUCCCUCCACCUAUCACUUUCUGUAGCCCCUGAGGAAAACCAAGGUGAAGAGUUGGCCUUCAAGGAUCAAAAACUGUAGCUGGCUGCUUCCUUAUUUUUGUAAUAGUUGAAAGUCUUGAAAUAUUAAUGCUCAAAAGUCUUUGGGAGCAUAAGCUGAACUUCAUGUUAACAGUUUAUUCAGUUGCUUUCAAAUAUGUGUACUUCAGCCAUUCUGAUUCACUUCAAAUGGAAAAUGUUUAAAGUAACAAUACCUCUUACCUUUGCAAUCCCAAAACUAACCAUUUACAAUUCAGCAUGGCCAUUUAAUCGUUUGUGUUUUUUAACCAUGACAUGACUCUAUCAAAUCUUCCCUAAUUUAGGAGACAUUUUGGCCCUUUUAAUUGCUUAGAUUAUAAUACUUCAAAUGUUAAGUGUGCAACAGUUCAUGGAGUGGGAGAAAAGGAUACAGAGAGAGACCAAGUUUUAAAAGAGAAAUAGCUGGAGUUUAGUCUUCCAGAAGUAUUUUUUGGGGCCAGAACUGAUCAAAUCACAGGGAUAACUGACAGCACCAGGUAAGAGAUGGUCAUGUCAUCUUCCAUUGGAGCCCCUGAGUUAUAGUACUUCCAAAUCAGUCCUGGUCCAGUUCUAGUUUCCACAAGUAAAGCAGCAGAGGAACGAAGAGAGCAGUGGUGCCCUUAAAAUCAGUGGCAGUCACGUGGGAAUCCUCAAGAGGCUGUCUAGGAAAAGGGAUUAUGAUGAGGAACUACUCAAGACCUGCCUCAGAAGGGGCAGGGUAGUGAGGAGCAGGGCCAGCUACCUAACAUGCAGGAUUCAGUGGAAAAUGAAGACAUGGGCCUCUUGUUCAGAAAUCAGGAAAACAGUGCCAUUACAGGUACUAAACAUACAAUGGUUUUCCUUUCUUCUGGGGUGUCUCUCACAACUUAAAAUGGUGUCUUUUAUUUGCUAUUUAAUGCUGUUGUAAGAAAAAUUAAAAUUUUACAUUA